UCACAAGUUAUACAUAUCAUAGAUGUAUUUGUAAAUAUGUAACAUGUUGCUGGGGAGUUUAUAGUUUUUUAGUAAAUGGAUGCAAUAUGAACAUUUAAAUUCACUUUUCUGACGAUGUUUCCGCCCAGAUACGCAAGAUAUAUUUUCUAUUACAUAUAUAUUUUACGCCUUGUUUCCAAUCGGAAAUAUAUAAUUUUCUUUAAAAUGAUGAAUAUUUCGCAGUGAUAUUUUUCGACGGCUGAUGGAUUCCCAUGAAACAAACAUCUUGAUUGGUUGCCUUAUUGCUGUUUUCGUUAUCGCUUUGAUAAUCAUAAUAAUUGUAGCAGAAUGUUGUUUACGGCGACGGAAAAUAAGAAAAGAAAGUGCCAAUAAUAGAAUAGCCGUUAAUGGCAGUACGACGUUACAUGGAUAUAUUAAAGGACAGAAAGUUAUUCCUGCUAAAAGGCAAAGGAAGUACAGGCUGUUUCGUUACCUGAAUUCCCUGAAAGCAAAUCCAGCAAAACGCACUCGUUUUGUCGAAGAGCAAACAGUUUCUACAACAUUACAAAGUAGACAACUUAGCCAAAAUAGUCUGGAUUAUCUUGCCUCAAAACCAGUUCACACCCAACAGAAUGGUAUAUCCUCCGUACGGUACUAUGAAGUUGGAAACGGUAAACCCUUAGCUGUCGAAUACUACACUGUAAAUCCAUUGAAUGCUGAAAAACAGCUCUAUCAACCGGAAACCCGACCUGUACAACCUAGUGAUGAGAGAGAUAACAUAGAACAAACUAUCGAAUACCCAACAAGUGAGAUAGAUGCUAGCUCUGAGGAUUCAUCUUAUCACGUGGAUAUGUCUACACAAGCACGUGCAAUUCCUUCUAAUGUAUCCAAUGAAUAUUCAAUAACAGCUGUAUUAGAGAAUCCUGUUACGAUUAUCGAACAUGUUCAAAAUAAAACAAUUAGCUCUAGUUCAUGUACACAAACUUUUCAAGCGGAAACUCAGGCUACACAGACUUUUCAAUCUGAAUCUCAAUUUACACAAACUGUUCCAAUAGAAGCACAGUCUACUCAAACAAUGCAGGAAGAAACACAACCUGAAAAGAUGCCUGAACCAACAGUAACAACAACAAACACACAGACACCCUAUUCAGUUUCAUAUCCAUCUGAUUCGGAUCGUAUAAAAUCAUCGGAAAAUUAUCAACAAGAAAAGGAAUAUGAACAUUGGAUGGAUUACUAUCACGGCUCGCACCAGGAAUACCCAUACAUGGCGCCCUAUCCGGCUGAUAUGAUGCCUUUUAUGUACCCAGCUGACGAAGCAUAUCCAUAUUAUUAUGACCCGGAUGUAUAUUCAAUAUCAUCUUCGGAAUUGGAAAAACCAGUCAAGAAACGUAGAGAAAAAGUGGAAAAAACUGAAAUUAUAGAGAAGUAUAUCAUAAUACAACAACCUCCUCCCGUACAAACUAUCGUGCGAGAAGAUAAUACACAAAAGGUUGAAACGAAUGUGACUAAAUCAUCCGCUGUUGAUGUAUAUCAAUCUAACAAGUACAAAGAUUAUUUCGGACAGUUUUCAAAUAAUGAGAUUUCUCUGUCACGAAUGAAUGCAAAGAAUCAAUCAAAAGUCAACGGCGGACCUCGAUCAUCAGCGCAACAGGGACAAAACAAAUCAAAAUCUAGCGGUAUGAAACAUGGGAAAGCCCUCAUUUCAGAAAAGGACUUGCAUAGGAUAUGGAAUACAAGACACCAAACUCGUCAACAUGGGUCUAAUGGGUCCAUUAAAUUAGAAGUCCCACCUGACUUCUUGAAGCAAGUUCGAUAUGAUACUCACGAGCAACACAUCCCACCAGCAGAUUACGAUACAUAUGAUUCAAAAAUUUACUCUGGUGAAAAUGAAUCUGGUGUCCUUCAGAGGUAUUUGAAAGACGUUAGCGACAACUCUGAACAAACAAACGUUAAGAAUGGAGGACUUUCAAAUCAAACAUCGCAGAAACAGGUGCGCAGCGGAAGCACCAAAUUUUCUGGAAUUAUUUCUCAUAUGGGCUCUUACAGACCUGAUGCUGAUACUAUCAGACACAGAAACCAGAGACUUCAUCCGCAAGUUGUAGAUAUUUUACCAGAUGAUGUACCUAUGAGACCAGACGAACUUCAUCGUUCUACAAUGUAUCCAAGCUAGUCUUCAUGUAUUAGAAUUUCAACAUUAAAGUCAUAUAUGUCCUAUAUAAGAAGAAUAA